AGUGGAAAAGGGACUUCUUACAAAAUGCUUAAAUUGGUCUUCAUUGUGAUUGUAACAGGAUCAUUAAGCUUAGUGACCAUAAUAGGAAACAUUCUGGUCAUGUGUUCUAUUAAAGUCAACAAACAAUUACAAACUAUUAAUAACUGCUUUAUUUUCAGCUUAGCCUGCGCUGAUCUGAUUGUAGGUGUAUUCUCCAUGAAUCUAUACACAAUUUACAUUGUAAUAGGUCACUGGUCCAUGGGCCCAAUGAUGUGUGAUUUAUGGCUUGCUGUAGAUUAUCUGGUCAGUAACGCCUCCGCUAUGAACCUCCUUGUGAUCAGCCUUGACCGCUACUUCUGUGUGACCAAACCGCAUAGCUACCCUUUGAGGAGAACAACUAAGAGGGCAAUGAUAAUGAUUGCGACUUCUUGGAUGUUACCACUUAUUAUGUUCACUCCUCCCAUUCUCGUCUGGCAGCUUACCACAGGGGAAAGGAAUGUUAGUGAUGGCGAUUGCUAUGUUCAGUUCCUCUCAAAUCCUGUUGUUACUUUUGGUACUACAAUAGUCGCAUUUUAUCUCCCUGUUACUAUCAUGGUGAUCUUGUAUGCGCACAUAUCUCGAGCCAGCAAGUGUCGAAUAAAAGAGAAUAAGAAGAUGUCAGAGUCAAGCAAGGACAGUGUUUGUCCCAGUCGAAUGAAGGAUAAAAUGAUAAAAUUGGAUAUCAACAACAUAACCAACGUGGAUGACGGUACUUCCCCCGUCCAAAAGCAAGAUGAUGAAAUAACGAAUUCUAAUUGUGCCCAAGAAAAGGUGCCAGAGUUCUUCAAUGAGCCUAAGUUUUUCAGUGGGUUCCCAUCAAACCAGAUGAAACAAGGAAUGAUGCAACAGAGAACAAAACUUCCAAGUGAGCAAAGCUGGCUCAGUAAGGAAUUUUUCAAACUAUUUUGUUUAAAGAUAGCUCGCAAAUCUCCAAACUACAAUAACAGUUCAACUAAUUCAGGAAUAGUACCAACCAUCAGUAGCGAGAAUGGGACAGGCAGAGAGAUCAGAGCUGAUGAUAAAAUCAAUACCGUGACCAAGACUACUGCUAAGAAGAAGGUCAUUACAGCACGAGAAAUGAGGGUGACUGAAACUAUCUUCGCAAUUCUCCUGGCAUUUAUUAUAACCUGGACCCCAUACCAUGUUAUCGUGUUCAUUAAAACCUUUUGUUCAAUCUGUGUCCCCAAUCCAGUUUGGACUAUUGGAUACUGGCUCUGUUACAUUAACAGUACUGUCAACCCAGCCUGCUAUGCACUCUGUAAUAACAAUUUCAAGAAAACUUUCAAGUAUCUCCUCUUGUGUCAGUACAGAAAUGGUGCAACAAGAUGA